AUGAGGCCCAUCCCGGUGACGGCGGCGCGGUGCCUUUCGGUGAGUGAAGCCGAGUUGGCGGUGAUGGGGAGCGGGAGAGCCGCCUGGCUUCGCGGGGAAGGAGCCGGAGGGGACCGGAGGAGACGGCGCUCCUUAGCGACCUUAGAAGGUUUUAUUCCCAAAAUUGCACCUAAAGCUGAAGCUGCAGCAGCCGGACAAGCGCAAAUACAGCGCCCCCAGGAGCUUGAGAUUACAAAGCUACCCAAUGGCUUGGUGAUCGCCUCUUGAAACUACUCUCCGGUUUCAAGAAUCGGUGUCGUCAAAGCAGGCAGCAGAUAUGAGUCCACCGCUAAUUUGGCCUCUCACCUGCUCCGUCUUGCAUCAAACCUGACUACAAAAGGAGCCUCUUCCUUCAGGAUAACCCGUGGCAUUGAAGCUGUUGGAGGUAGCUUAAGUGUGACUUCUACCAGAGAGAACAUGGUUUAUUCUGUUGAAUGUUUACGUGACUAUAUUGAUACUGUCCUGGAAUAUCUAAUAAAUGUCACUACGGCUCCAGAGUUCAGGCGCUGGGAAGUAGCUGAUGCCAAUCCCCGUUUAAGAAUUGACAAGGCAGUUGCCUUUCAAAAUCCUCAAGUAGGUCUCCUUGAAAACUUGCAUGCAGCGGCUUAUCGGAAUGCCCUUGCCAAUUCCUUAUACUGUCCAGACUAUAUGAUUGGAAAAAUUACAUCAGAACAGCUGCACCAUUUUGUACAGAACAACUUUACAAGUGCUCGGAUGGCUCUAGUGGGACUAGGUGUCAGCCACUCUGACCUGAAGCAAGUGGGAGAGCAGUUUUUAAAUAUUCGUAGUGGCUCUGGCUUAUCUGGUGAGAAGGUCAAGUACCGUGGAGGUGAAAUCCGAGACCAGAAUGGCCAAAGCCUGGUUCACGCUGCUGUAGUAGCAGAAGGAGCGGCCACAGGAAGCGCAGAGGCAAAUGCAUUUAGUGUCCUUCAACAUAUUCUUGGGGCAGGACCUCUUGUUAAGAGGGGAAGUAGAGUCACCAGUAAGCUUGUCCAAGGUGUUGCAAAGGCAUCAUCCAUGCCUUUCGAUGCAGCAGCGUUUAAUGUGAAUUAUGCGGAUUCUGGACUCUUUGGCAUUUAUACCAUUUCUCAGGCUUCUGUUGCUGGAGAGGUAAUCAAAGCUGCUUUAGGCCAAGUGAAGGCUAUUUCCCAGGGUGGAGUCACCGAUGCAGAAGUCACAAGAGCCAAAAACCAACUGAAGGCAGCUUUCCUGAUGUCUAUUGAGUCCUCAGAAGGUUUACUUGAUGAAAUUGGCUCCCAGGCACUUGCAUCUGGCACAUAUGCAUCACCAGCCACUGUAGUUGAGAAAAUUGAUGCUGUGGCCGCCGCUGAUGUUGUGAAUGCUGCAAAAAAAUUUGCAAGUGGAAAGAAGUCUAUGGCAGCUAGUGGAGACUUGGCACAGACCCCUUUUGUUGAUGAGUUAUAAGAAAUAACAGGUGAGGGGCAACUUCAAAAUAAACUCUUCUGAGGCAGUUGCAUUUACUGCUGUUAUCAUCCCAUAUUAUUUAUAAGAGCCUAGUGUUCUGGAUUUGUAGAUUACCAUGUCAAUUGACACAAAUGGAAUAAAGUACAUUGCUCAUGCUCUUACAGGA